CCCACAUCCUGGUACUUUUCACCGUUGUCAAGGCAGCGAUAGAGAGAAAGGCUGGCUCGCGGAAAGUAUCUGCAGUGUCCUGACAGUAUAUCUGUCCAAACGUUAACAAACUGUCCCGGAAAGUUAGGUGUAACUACCAGGACUUUACCAUCUGGCGUCUGUUAAUGUCCAGAUGUGGCAGGUGACCACCCGAGAUGGGAGAUGGACAUAACAAGACCUAUAGGAUGCUACUCAAUAGCUAAAGGCUGACGAUAUCCAGAUCUGGAGGACAUCGGACGAUAAAUAGUAGGAUGAGUGAGGAUUCCGUUGCCAGCACAGUUUGGUGAAGAGUAGGAACGGUGUACCAAGCAGCAACACGACCAUCAUGCCAACCACCCAGGGAACCGGAGGGGCUGGCAGCCCACGGGUUCAGCGUUACCGUCCGGCCUCGGAGUUUGACAACGCCACCCUCGCCCAGAAGAGAGAGUACUGGAGGACUAAGAAACGAGAGCAGAGGGCUAAGUUGUCAGAGGUCAAGAAGGAGAGGUCAAAAGCAACAAACAGAGGAAGUAAAUCCUUGGACAGUAAUGCAGUCCAUAAAACCAUAACCUCAAUGGGGUUGAAUUCUGGUGCCUCUUGUUCAAUAGCAGGGUCUGCCCCCCCUUUGUUGAAUAGUGAUGGUUCCUACCAAACUUAUGUCGGCGGUGCACCUGUAGUCUUAUUGAAGGGAAAGGGCUCUGCUGUCUCCUAUAAUCAGAACCAUAGUGUCGAGGAAGGGGGCCAAAACUAUUCCUCAGCAAACCAAAAGGAGAGUUGGUUCCAGAGGAUAAAACUCAACAAAGUCUUGCCUCAGUUCCCAAUGUCCAGUGCAGGCCCAGGAAAAGGUGCAAUGGUCUGCAAGAUGGCAGUGAACAGUUAUCCAACAGGGGGCGCUGUGAUUGGACCAGUUACCUCAGCCAAACCCAAUGGAGUGCUUCUCAACAGUGGCUCCUUUGUGCCUCCGGUAAGAGUGGCGGUGAGAGCCUCAGGCUCUGCACCUCGCCAACCACAGAGCGGAAUGACUAUUCUCAAUGGCAGCUCUCCUGUAGUGUCAUCUGAGCAGCAUCUGAACACCCAGAGUGUAUCAAGGCCCGAUGCAAUGACAAAGACGCAAGUUACAGUGUCUGUUCAGCCUAGAUCGCUAACCACUAACAUUACCACAGGGAUGGCCAUCGUGACCACUCAAUCUGCCCCUAUGCUCGCUCACAAACCAGGGGUUAGGCCUAGAGGGAUGAAAGUAACACCGCUAGGCGGGAAAAAGAGUGCAGUGGUCGCGGCCCAAGAAGUUAGAAGCAUCAACGACACAUCAGCUACACUGGAGACUGAGGAGGAGCGAGCCGCCAAGCGCAGAGAGAAUUGGCGCAUCAAGAAAAGAGAACAGCGAGCGAAGCAAGCCGCUAGGUUAAGCAAGGCCAGCAAAAGAAUCACUAACAUGGAGGUAUCGUUGCAGAAAGUAGAACUGUUACCAAACGUGGACGUUGAACGUCCCCAGUCCGCUUUGAGUGGACAGGGCCAGAGGCAGUGUGUUAGUAGGGUCAGUGCCCCGUUCAUCUCAGCCGGACGGCUGCUGAAGAACGCCAGAGCAGUGGCUAGCUUUGCUGUCAAAAGGGAGUCUGACGAUUCAAUCCUGGCUAAGCUAACCACAGUCGACGCUAAUGAACAGACCGUUCAGCUAAGAGCAGAGAAUCUGCAGGAGGCUAAAGCAACAAUGCAGACUGGUAUCAUCACAUCUAAUAUCAUUGGUUAUAAACCAGCAGGGGAACCAAGCAGAAGGCUCCCUGGUCCAGUGCAGUUUGCCAACGUUAACCGAGUUAUGGUCCGUUGUAGGACUCCGAGACAGAGGUUCAUUGAAACCCAAAGGAAUUUCCUGGGUCAGAGAAAGAUGAGGAAGUCCCCCUAUCAUGCCAAAGCCUUAACAACCUACAACGCACCACGAGAUGACUCAAAGGAGACCCCUGAGCAGAGGGCGGCCCAGAUGCGGGAAUACUGGCGCGUCAAGAAACGGGAGCAGCGAGCCAAGCUUUCUGGCGAAGUCCGAGCUAAGAUGAAGGAGAGGGAUGCUCUGAUGCAAAGAGUCAAGCGUUACCAGAGCAUCCUGGAGGAUAUGAGGAAGGACAGAGCAGCGGGCUGCAACACGCUGCCACAACCAACAGAAAAUAGGCCUACUCACACCAGCGCCUCAGAGAUCAUUGGAGGUUUCAUCAUGGAGGAUGGCACAGUGACCAAUAAUAUUCCUCAAAUUGAUCUCACUACAGAAGCAAAAGAGACUGGGGAUGAAAUUGGUAACAGUAGUGGGAUGCCUGUUAAUAAUUUAUUUACCAACACACACCGCCAACACCAACUGCUUCCCAAACCUACUGGUGAUGCCUUUAGUAAUGUGGUGUUAAGUCAUCAAACACAGGACAACCCACCACCUCCUCUAAUCCGUUCUGCUCAGUUUCAAGUCUCUUGUCCUCCCGUCGGCCUGUCGAUCAUGAAUCCUCCCAGGUUGGUUUCAAUCAGACCGAGGACUGAAUUUCGCAGCACACCGAAAAACCUCUUGAAUUUACACACAGUCUUCCAGCCCCAGAGUCAUAUCACCCUCACACACCCUCAAAACAUCCAAAACACCUUUCCUGGUGUGCCUACAGCAAUGCCAAAGCCGGCUAGCUGUGUCAUGCAGAUGGCUGUCAAAGCUUCUACAGCAUCAGCAGUGCUUAACUUGGACCCAAAGCUAACAGAGGAGGAAAGUAUGGCUAAGAAGAGGGAGUACUGGAGGGUAAAGAAACGAGAGCAGAGGGCGGCCCGCGCCAUCCGCCUAAGGCAAGGAGUUCAAGCUCGGGGAAAUGCUGCCUCACAGAAGAGGCGGAACCAAAGGUUAGCGCGAUUAGCCAAUCCCAAUGUCAACACCUCUGUCAGCCACACACACACUAUCAAGCCUCUCUCAAACACCAGUCUGCCCAUGCCUCCACAGGGAAACCAAAUAAAAAAAGAAAGAGAAUCAAUCUCAACACAUGCUCCAUGUCCUCCACUGGAACAACCCCUCUGUGUUGAUAUCAAACUGUCCCAGUCUCCACCACAUCCAGAGCCACCAGACCUAGCCUUGAGUGCUGACAGCCAGGCCACCACUCUCCUGGCAGUGGCCUCUAUGAAGAAGCUUCUGGAGGAAUCUCUCAGCACUGUGGCUGACUGUAAAACGGAACAGCCUGACUGUAUUACAGGACAGCUGCCUUGUAAAAGUGAACCCCAGGCUUGUUCCUCCGAGGAGAAUGCCGUCCAGAUUGAGGUCAAGCCAAAUCUACCUCUGCUCACCAUGGAAGACGAGGAGAAAGCCUCCAUAUCUGGUGACCUAUUGUUGGAGGUCAAAGGGUGGCAGGUGGAUGCUGACGCCCCGCCACCAUGUCAGAUUCGUCCACUGAGUCCUCAUCCUAAGGACUCUCCCCUAUCCAGUCCUUGUGCUAACACCCUCUCUUUCUCAGCUUCCCCUCUCAAUCGGUCCGAACCCCCCUCUCACACACCCACACAAUCUUGCUCCCACAAGGCAGCUUCCGGAGAACCACCCCUCCCUGUCCCUCGUAGAGCCCAGAGGUUGCGUGCCAAAAAAGCAGGCCACCACCACUGCUGCUCCCCAGAACCUCCGAAGCUACAUCACCAGCCACCACAACAACAACCACCUUGCCAACUUCAAAAUCAACACCAGCGUCAGCAACAUCAAAAACACCCCCAACAACAGCAGCAGCGCCAGCAACAUCACCACGCCCCGGCGGUGACAGACCAGAAUGUGACUCUGCAGAAGAAGAGGGAGUACUGGAGGAUGAUGAAGAGGCAGCAGAGAGCCAGGAAGGCUCGGCAGGGAGGAGGGGGGCUGAGGCAGGGGGACUACAGCAGACGACUAGCCCUCAAAGCAGCACAGGCUCCGAAUCUCCAUAUUGUCAAGACUCCGACACAGAGGCCAGUGCAGAGAGGCGGGAGCUUCAGUCUACAAGCCGCACCAUUGCUCAAACCCCAGCCCUCCCCCCUUCUCCAGCCUAUAUCUCCCCCUGACUCUGGACCUCAGGCAAGCCUCAGCAUGGUCACCAACAUCCCUACACUUCUGGUUGUGAGCCCCACCACCUCCAACAUGGGACAGCCAUCUGAUACACUACAGCUUAGACCUCCGGUCAACUGUACCAGUAUUUCCAAUUCAUCCAUUGGCCACACAGGGUCCCCCCAGACAUCUCACAGCUUCAGUACCGCAUUUCUCCCUGUAGGAGGCGGUGUCACUGUCCCUCCAUUGGGUGAGGGGAAGAAAGGCGGGCUGCUAUUGGUGGAGAGCCAACAGGAAGCGGCCCCGGGGUCCAGCCCUGACUCGCCACGUGUUAGAAAAUGGCGAUUGCAAGUGCAGGAAAUCUCAGACGCAGACGCCUCACCCAUCGCUACUCUCACACCUCCGCCCAACCCUCUGACUAGCAUCAAGCUCUUACCAAUUCAUCCUCCCAGUCAAACGUCCAUGUUCACACCAACACAGACUCCUUUCAAAUGUCAAGGUGCUCAGAUUCCUCAAAGUGGGAAUUUACAAAAUGUAGGAUUGCCUACAAUGCAGGGGCUCACCAGAAGCCCCAUCUACAUAAGCUCCAUGGGUCCGCCCAAGCCAGUGCCGGGGGAGUCUGAAGAGGAGACUCUGAGGAAGAAGAGGGAGUACUGGAGAGUGAAGAAGAAGGAACAGAGAGCUAGGAAGGCCAUGAGGGACAGGGAGCUGACUGAGAAGAGGGCUUCGGUCAACUGGAGGCCCAUCCUCCCCAGCAGUCAGCCUCAACACCUGCUGCAGGGGCUGGAUACACAGUUAAUUUCCAUUAGGGCUGACCGUCAUUUUUCUCAACCAAAGGAACAGGAUCCUGAGCAGUGGGUCAACACCUCGGAGGACUCUGAACUACAUCUAAGUACUUCCACAGAGACAGACAUGGGCUUCUUUCCUGACCAAAGCCAUACGGAACCUAUAGAAGAGGAAUCAGAGCUCCUUUUCCCAGACGGUGAUCAUAACGACAACUACAACGGCCCCAUCUCAGAUGCUGUAUGGAGGAACUGCUACCUCAUGGACUACGACCCCCUGAACCAGCUGCUGGUGUGCAUGGUGUGCGGGGAGCUCCAGUACUCCCACAGCCUGGAGGGGGUGAGGGCCCACAUUGAGGAGGCCCACCCGGACACCCUGAGCCUGGUGCCCCCGGAGCGCCGGCACAUCCUGGAGGCCUGGGACGAGCAGGUGUCCAGGAGAGAACUUUUCUUCACCAGCCAGCUGCAGCAGCACAGUGGUGGGAUGGGAGGGGACAGUGCCAACCUCCCAGCAGAAGUAGAAGUAAUGGUUGAUACAGAGGACUCGUCAUACCUGAAGAACAGCAAGAGCUCCAAAACCACCAACAGACUCUGAGAGCUAAGAAGAAGCACAAAUCACUAAAUGCCAGACAGCGUAAAAACAACAUUGUUCAGAAGUAGAGGAGGAAAAGAAAAACGUUACUGCUGGUUUCUUUUAAUGUCUGUUUAUUUAUUUUUAGAGCAGUUCACCUCUACAAAAGUUAAACUAAACUUGAACUGCAUACAUAGGUGACAUUGAACCACAAGAGACGAGCUUUACCUCAUUAACUUUGGGAUACACACACACUCGCUGUUUUUGAAAGCGCAGUUUUGUAGCGAUUGUCAUUCUCUACUACUACACCAAGUCUCCUAUGAUGAAGCAAACAGUUAAUAUUCAUGUCGUCACUGGGUUCAAUAAUGUCAUUGUGCUUUUUGAAACACACUUAAGCAGACAGGUGGGCUCUCCUAGUCAACUGAAUGGGUUAACAUCCCUGUUUUAAUGCAUCCAUGACGAACAGGUCAGUUAUGUUCUUCAAUCUGAUUGAAUGACAUGUCCUUGGUCUAACUCAAUGUAUCAGAUAUGAUAUGAUGCAGGUUAAGGGCAAAUCGCAGCCGUGUAAAUUUGACUUGAGACCAUUUGAAAUUGUCUACGGGUGAUUAGCUGUUUGAUAUUCGUCUGUACAUACAGUACCAGUCAAAGGUUUGGACACACCUACUCAUUCCAGGGUUUUUCUUUGUUUGUACUAUUUUCUACAUUGUAUAAUAAUAG